AGCAGCUGAAAGUAGUAUUGUUAUUGUGUGUGAGUGUGUGCAUGUGUGUGAGUGAUUAGCAGCUAUUGGAGCAACAGGGGCACUGAGUCACAAACCUUUCCGAGGUAAACUCGUCCAGUUUAAGAGGCUCCACAUCAUGGCACUCAUGGAUUACACAGCUUUGGCUUUUUUACCAACAACCAUCCAUCUAGUUGACAGUUAUCUACAUGUCUAGAAUGCUACAUUGGUAGCUAUUAGACCACCAACUAUUUCAGAUAGUGUUAGAAAAGUGUAAAGUGUCAAAUUCUUAAACACUGACAAGGGAAAGUAUUUGAGGUCAUGGGGAACUCGGAGAGCGUAUGGUGGAUUGUAGUGGAGUUUUCCUGCAGAAUCCUUGGUGUUUCUACAGCAACAGUGCUGUGUGCUGUGGGAGUGGAGACCUUACAACAGGGAGAAUUCAGCAGCCUUGGCAUCUACCUACUGGUGUCAUCUGUUGCCAUCAUGAUGUUUGAGUUGGCCUAUUUCCUGGAUGCUCUCCUGUUUAUGUGUCUACCCUGUCCUCCCGACUGGCAGCUGUUUGUGUUGUGGGGGAAGAUGGCUCGCAUUGGAGGCUUCCAUAAGUUCCUCUAUUACUCCAUCAUGUCAGUGGUGUGCUUCUUGCACCCUGUGUUGGUGUGGCAUGCAAUUAUCCCAGGGACAAUGCUUCUGGUGACAGCCUUUUUCAACUUCAUACUCAGCAAGAAAACAAAGACCAAAUCCCCCAAAAGGCCACAGGAGAGCUACCGUGACCAAGGCCCGAACACCGUCUGUGUGACAGAGGGAGCGGGCUCGGACAACAACACUAUCUCUUUCUUCCACAUGGUGACAGGAAGGAGGGGGGGGGGAAUGGCUCUUGCGAGCAGGGACCACCGCCUCGGCCUGGGAGAGCGAGGAGAGAGUGUCCAGGCCAUGUUGGAGCUGGAGCAGACAGCAGCACCUAAAGACACAGAUGGAGAGAGGAGGUGGUGGAAAGAGAGGAGGCUGAUAAGCUUCAGAGGUAAGGAGGAGCCUGUGGAAAGAGAGAUGGAGGAGAUGGACAGCUACUGUGAGCCGGAGCCAGACACCACCUCAGACACUGCACCUAUGAUUACUGACUGAACGUCCCUCUGAGCUCAGAUUGAGCUCCUUACUGAUAUCACAUGAUGGAAAGCAUAUGUAAUGUAGUCAUACUGAAUGCAAUUAGCUGGUGCUGACUUUUAUUUAGCUGAAAAUACCAUAUAUAAUAUAUGUCUAAAAUAUCUGACCAGCCAAAAUAAGACAUUUAAGUAUUUUAAAGUGUUUGGUAAUAAGGUUGUGUGCAUUGUAUGUAAUUACACAACUAAAAUAUGAGGAUUAUUAGUUUUUUUUAUUACUACUGAUUUGUAUAUUUUUUACUUCAAAAAGAUCUAUUUGUUCAAAAGGAAAAUUUGAUGUGUGAAAUCUAUUAUUAUGUAUUUUUAAAAACAGCUUCAAAUGUAGAAAUUGAAAGAAAUUAAACCAUUUGUAGCUAUAUGUG